AACCAAUCACAUGUUAGAUUACAUCUCAACUUCAGAUGAACUGGUGGUGUACAGCUGGAGUUAUUCAGUUAGAAACAUUCGUGCUUCUUUCCUGUGGAUGACACGGCUGUAGCCUAGAGCUCGCUGGCUAGCAACACUGGAUUCCUGUGCUCAGGCAGCGAAGCUGCAGUUGAACGGCAAUGGAGCCUGUCAAUGUGAUUACUUGCAUUGUCUUUUGCUUUAUUCUCAUAAUGGCAAUAAAUCCCCUUUACAUCUCUAAAAACAAAGAUUCACUUUUGCAGAAGAUAGAGGAAUACAGCAUUGUAACUCCAAUCAGUACAGAUUCAGAGGGUAAUUUUUGUGUCUCAUGAAGUGUCCAAAAGCACAGAGCUCGUUUUCAAAGGGAUGUUCAAGACACCAACAAUAAAUCCAGUUGAUAAUAGGAUUUAUUAUAAUGUGACUAUUUUUGACAAAGACUUUCAUCUAAGGUAAGGCUGAACUCUAAACUAAUUGCACCUGGAGCUACAGUAGAGUGGGAGGAAGAUUCCAAUGUGCUUGCAAUAGAUUUAAUCAUAAAAACUGCCUGUAUGUCGGAGAUAUAACAAAUAUGGCCAACACCCUCUGUUGCCAUUAGCAACUGUGAUGGACUGAAACGAGUCCGUUUAACUCAAAUGUCCUUGAAAGCAUGCUUUACAGUCUUGAAAGUCAAAUCAACAGCACACGGAAGCGAAGUCGUAGACAUGCAAGUGAUAAUGAUUACAACAUUGAAGUUCUGCUUGGAGUAGAUGAUUCAGUUGUUCGAUUUCAUGGAAAAGAAUAUGUACAGAAAUAUCUUUUGACACUUUUAAAUAUUGUGAAUGAAAUCUACCAUGAUGAGUCAUUGGGGGCCCACAUUAAUGUUAUCCUUGUGAGAAUAAUAAUGCUGAGUCACAGCAAAUCUUCUAGCCUAAUUGAAACUGGAAACCCUUCGCAAAGCCUGGAAAAUGUGUGUCGAUGGGCAUAUCUGCAACAGAAACCUGAUUCUGACCAUGCAGAAUAUCACGAUCAUGCGAUAUUUCUCACAAGACAGGAUUUUGGACCUUCUGGAAUGCAAGAAAGUUAUCUAUAUGCCAGUAAAGAUGAGACUUGUGUUUCAAAAGACCCUGGAUCCUGCAUAGGCUAUGCUCCAGUAACCGGAAUGUGUCAUCCAGUACGAAGCUGUACACUUAAUCAUGAAGAUGGGUUCUCCUCUGCCUUUGUAGUAGCUCAUGAAACUGGCCAUGUGUUAGGAAUGGAACAUGAUGGACAAGGAAAUAGGUGUGGAGAUGAAGUCAGGAUGGGAAGCAUUAUGGCACCGCUUGUACAAGCUGCAUUUCACCGUUUCCACUGGUCUCAAUGUAGUCAGCAAGAACUUAGUCGUUAUCUAAGUUCAUAUGAUUGUCUGCGUGAUGAUCCAUUUGCACAUGACUGGCCAUCUCUUCCACAGCUGCCGGGACUUCAAUAUUCAAUGAAUGAACAAUGCCGAUUUGAUUUUGGCGUGGGUUACAUGAUGUGCACUGCUUUUCGAACAUUUGACCCUUGCAAGCAACUUUGGUGCAGUCAUCCAGACAAUCCAUAUUUUUGCAAAACAAAAAAAGGUCCUCCUUUGGAUGGAACAAUGUGUGCUCAAGGAAAGCAUUGCUUUAAAGGCCACUGCAUCUGGCUCACUCCUGAAAUUCUCCGACAAGAUGGAAAUUGGGGGUCAUGGAGUAAAUUUGGUUCAUGCUCUCGCACUUGUGGAACAGGUGUUAGGUACAGAACAAGGAGCUGUAACAACCCUCACCCAGCUAAUGGAGGUCGUUCAUGCGUAGGGCCAAGCUAUCAGCUAGAGCUUUGCAACACUGAAAAUUGUGACAAAGAUUUUGAGGAUUUCAGAGAAGAACAGUGUAAACAAUGGGAUCCAUUCUUUGAAUACCAAAAUGCUAAACACCACUGGAUUCCAUAUGAGCAUCCCGAUGAAAAAGAAAGAUGUCAUCUUUACUGCCAGUCUAAGGAAUCUGGAGAUGUAGUAUACAUGAAACGACUAGCACAUGAUGGAACACAAUGUUCAUACAAAGAUUCACACAAUAUUUGUGUUCGAGGUGAUUGCCUGAAAGUUGGUUGUGACAAAGUUAUUGGCUCAACUAAAAAAGAAGACAAAUGUGGAGUGUGUGGUGGUGACAACUCGCACUGCAAAAUUGUAAAAGGAACUUUCGCAAGAACGCCAAGGAAACGAGGUUACAUUCGGGUAUUUGAAAUUCCAGCUUCUGCCCGCCAUUUGCUUAUUCAAGAAACUGAUUCAUCCACUCAUAACUUUGCUAUCCGAAAUCAAGCAACUGGAAAGUUCGUAUUAAAUGAAGAAAAUCUGAAUAUUCAAGACUCAAAAGUAUUUGUGAAAAUGGGUAUUGAAUGGGAUUAUCGUAAUGAUGACAACCGGGAAACACUUCAGACCAUUGGGCCAUUGCGAUAUCCAAUUGUCGUCCUUGUAAUUCCCAAUGGAAAUGCCAAAAUAUCUUUGUCAUACAAAUAUAUGAUACAUGAAGAUUCCUUAAAUGUGGGUAAUAACUAUGUUCCUGAAGAAGACAUGGUUGCAUAUGAGUGGGCACUAAAGAAAUGGACUCCUUGUUCCAAGCCGUGUGGUGGAGGCUAUCAAUUCACAAAAUAUGGCUGUCGAAGGAAAUUGGACCACAAAAUGGUGAAUAAGAAGAUGUGUGAAUCUAUUCCGAAACUAAAACCUAUUCGCAGAACAUGUAAUCUUCAAGAGUGUUCACAACCCAUUUGGAUUGCAGGAGACUGGGAGCCUUGCACUGUGACCUGUGGAAAAAAUGGCUACCAGAGUCGCAUAGUACGGUGUAUUCAGCCUCUCAGUGACAACACCAAUCGAUCUGUACAUAGUAAAUACUGCAGUGAAAAUCGCCCAGAAACCAAAAAGCCUUGCCAUCGUCAACCAUGCCCUCCCCAGUGGCGAUUAGGCCCAUGGUCAGAGUGUUCUGUGACCUGUGGCAAUGGAACCCAAGAAAGGCAAGUUCUUUGUGGUUCAAGCGACAAUACAACAAUGAACUGUAGUAGUGAAAAACCAGAAACCACACGAAUUUGUAAACUACCAUCUUGUUCUAGAAAUUCAACUGAUCCAUUAAAGAAUAAUUAUGUAGUACAGUGGCUGUCUAAACCGGAUGCAGAUUACCCAACCCAAAAAAAGUCUUCAAAACACUGUUUGGGAGACAAAUCUUAUUUCUGUCGGCUGGAAAUUCUCUCUCGCUAUUGUUCAAUGACUGGUUAUAGCAGACUCUGCUGUAAGUCCUGCAAUUCAUCUCUACCUAAAAGUGACCAAAAUUCUGGAAAAAAUAAUAGUAUUGAAAAUCUUGCCCAUUCUUUUUCAACCACACCACGUAUCUUUUCUACACCGCUACCAACACCUGUUUACAAUGUAAUUGUUCCAGCAAUCAAUGUAACUGAAAAGCCCCAGGACAUCAACAGAGUGGAUGUUCCAUAUACAAUUAUAACACACGAGAAUGAGGUUCCUAGACCAAAUAUCAUUCCUCGAAGAAGAAACAUUAAUGAAAAAAUCAAAAACCUGAGGAUUCAACAGCUGAUUGCAGAAAAAUUACAAGAAUCCAAGAAAAAGUUACAUUAAUUGCGAAGAUGCUGUUACAUCUUUCACAGGACUACCAAGAAGAAAUAAAUGGCA